CUCCAAUUCCACGCUCUUUUCAUUCCCACAGUUAGCUUGACGCCUUUCUUUCGUGAGAGCUGCUGGUUCAGUCCUUCCUUUCGCAUCCGAUACUUCAAUUUCUUGGUAUUCGGUGCUGAGGCUCGUUGCAAUGACCCUCCUUCGUCAUCUUCUGACGGCAACUGCCUUGCUCAGCGCCUCUGCUCAGGCGGCGCAAGGCGUCACUGGCACAGCUUUCGGCUUUGCAAGCGGCACUACGGGUGGUGGUGAUGCUACCCCCGCUGCGCCCAGCGACAUCAGCGAGCUGACGUCCUGGCUAUCGGAUAGCACCCCCCGUGUCAUCCUCAUCGACAAGGAGUUCAACUUCCUGGGCAGUGAGGGCAAGUGCACCGACUGUGAAUGCUGCGUUCCGUCUUCCAACACCUGUGGCAGCUCUGGCCAGAACGCGGUCAAGCAGAAUGGCUCCGACUGGUGCGGUAGCUAUCCCACCACCACAUGCACGUACGACAACGCUGGUAUCGAGGGCCUGGAGGUUGCCUCUAACAAGUCCAUUGUCGGCGUGGGGAGCUCUGGUGUCCUUCGCGGCAAGGGCCUGCGUCUGGUCAACGGUGUCAGCAACAUUAUCAUUCAAAACAUCCACAUCACCGAGCUUAACCCCCAGUACAUCUGGGGUGGUGAUGCUAUCACCCUGGACGGUACCAACAACGUCUGGAUUGACCACGUGAAAAUUAACCUCAUUGGUCGUCAGAUGUUUGUCGCCGGAUAUGAGCCCAGCCACCAUGUGACCAUCUCCAACAGCGAAUUUGAUGGCCAGACCAGCUGGUCUGCCACCUGCAAUGGUCACCACUACUGGACUGUUCUUGGAUACGGCCACAACGACCAGGUCACCUUCGCCAACAACUACAUCCACCACACCUCUGGUCGGUCCCCCAAGUUGGAGUUCAACAGCUUCUGGCACGCAUACAACAACUACUGGUACAACAACACCGGCCAUGCCUUUGACGUUGGCGAGAACACCCGUGCCCUGAUCGAGGGUAAUGUGAUGGUCGAUGUCAACACUCCUCUCCUGGCCGACAGCAACCCGGGUGCUGUUUUCGCCGUGAACUCCAGCGAUGCUUCCACCUGCACCAAGGCCCUGGGUCGCACCUGUGUCGCCAACACCUUGAUCAGCUCCGGUACCCUUUCCGGUAGCGACAGCUCCGUUCUCAGCAGCUGGCCCUCGGGCGAGUCCGACAUCACCGUGAGGUCUGCGAGCAAGGUUGUCGCCUAUGUUCUCUCCAACGCCGGUAUUGGCAAGCUCAACAACGGAUCUGGUUCCUCCAGCACUGUUGCCGCGGUCGCCACCUCGGCCGUCGCCAAGCGUGCCGGCCCCGAGGAUGGUGCUCCUUUCGUGCCGGCCUACUCGCAGGCUGGCCCCGGUGCCUCUGCCGUCCCCAGCCAGCGCUCCUGGUCCUGGAGAAAGGUCAGCACCAACGUUCCAGCUCCCACUGGACCUCCCGCGGAUGAGCCUUUCCAGGGACUUGGCGCUCCUGUUCAGGGCUCUGGUGCUCCGGCUCCUCAGGCCACUGGUGGUAAGCCCCACCACCACAAGGGCCAUGGCCAUGGCUCCCAGGGUAGCUUCGGUGGCUUCGGUUUCUAAGCUGUUUGUGAAGUGAAAAGACGCAUCCGUGUCCUUCAUGCUUGUCGCUGAAGCAGUUAGGGACUUUGUG